GGCAAAGAAUGAAAUGAGACGAUAGAAAGGGAGUGGAGUCGACUGCACUGCCACAGCACGAGCUACCGGUUUACUCAUUUAUUUUGAAUGAAAGACAGUUGCGUCGCAACGUGGUUUCGAUCUAAGUAGACGGGACUUUCACAACGGAAGCGAAUAAAUAAAAAACGCUUGCCACGUCUGAGGGAAAACAAGCGCUUCUCCAACUUUAGGUGCUCCCUGGCUAACACCAGCGGUCAAACUAUUUAAUUUUUCCUGAGUUUACCGUUGAAGUUGAGUUUGUCAUUUCCUAACUUUAGAUUAGUUCGUCUGACAAUCCUACUUCACGGAAUUGCACGAGGGGAAGAGCGUUUUGGAUAAAACAGCCAUCCGAUAGCCUACUCGCAUCACUGUCUGCGUUUGACUUGUUGGCGGGGCGUUGGUGCCGUCAUUUUUCUCCCCCCCAUUCUCUUGGUCCACCCUUCUGCUCCAUUCAAGUCGAUAGGACACCAUUCUCGACCACUACAUUAGUUUUAAAAGAGCUCAAAUAUGGCCGGAAUCAACAGCAUCGAUGCGGUUAAGAGAAAAAUCAAAGUUUUACAGCAACAAGCAGAUGAAGCAGAGGAAAGAGCCGAGAUUUUGCAGAGACAGGUCGAGGAGGAGAAACGCUCAAGAGAACAGGCUGAGGCAGAGGUAGCCUCUCUGAACAGGCGUAUCCAGCUGGUUGAGGAGGAGCUGGACAGGGCUCAGGAGCGUCUGGCUACUGCCCUGCAGAAGCUCGAGGAGGCUGAGAAGGCCGCCGAUGAGAGCGAGAGAGGGAUGAAGGUGAUUGAGAACAGGGCCAUGAAGGACGAGGAGAAGAUGGAGCUGCAGGAGAUCCAGCUGAAGGAGGCCAAGCACAUCGCUGAGGAGGCUGACCGCAAGUAUGAAGAGGUUGCCCGUAAGCUGGUGAUUGUUGAGGGAGAGCUGGAGCGUACAGAGGAGAGGGCAGAGCUGUCUGAGGCCAAUGCCAGGAAUCUGGAGGAGGAGCUUAGGGGACUGCACCAAACAACAAAGAGCCUGAAGAAUUCUGAGGACCAGUACUCUCAGAAAGAGGACAAAUAUGAGGAAGAGAUCAAGAUCUUGACUGAUAAACUGAAAGAGGCUGAGACUCGUGCUGAGUUUGCCGAGAGGUCUGUGGCUAAACUGGAGAAGACUAUUGAUGACCUGGAAGAGCGAGUGGCCCAAGCUAAAGACGAGAACGUUCAGCUGCACGCCACCCUGGACCAAACCCUGCAGGACCUCAACAGCGUCUGAGCAGUCAGCAGCACAAACAUCUCAUCCUCCCCUCCUCUCCUCUCUUCCCCGCUCUCUCUCUCUCUCUCUCUCUCUCUUCCUCUCCCUCUCUCUCCCUCUCUCCCUCUUCUUCCUGUCCUCCUUGUUAUUGGGUUAUCUAAGAGACCCCCAUCGGAAACACUUAACAGUUCUCCUUCUCCCCUUGUAAUCCCCCUCUCCCACUCCUUCUCAGUUUCCUCAAUAUUUUAAAACACCCUCACCUGUCUGGGCACCAAAAAAACAAAAACAGUUUGGGGACCAAAACCACCGCUGAAGGCCUCCAACCACGUAGUUUUUCAUGUAUGUGAAGACCACUUCAGUUUUUGUUUCGUUAUCCUAUAUCUUUUGUGUACGUUUGGGCAUGAAGUGUUUUUCAUUUUAAGCGUUAUUAACACGCAAGCCAACUUCGAGAGCCACUUUUAUGAAUGUGCACAGUGCUCUUAAACUCUUUGGGGUUGUUUUUUAAACAUGAUACCAUUGUAAUGUACCUCUGGGAGAGCCGUAAAGGCAGUGCUGCUCAAGCGAGCCAACUACAAGCGAUGUUACUGCCAAAACUGGAGCGGAGAGAUGACACUCAGUGGGAGAUGGUAAUUUUUGAGGAGUAUUUCAACUGGAACAUGUCCACUGCUACAUAUAAUUACUUUAUUACAGCUUGUGUCUGUGUUCAAUGACUAACUAAAUCUCUUCUUUUUUUUAAAAAAAAACAACGACAAAUAAAGUCCAUGAUUUUUACUACCA